GCCCUGGCCCGCAAAGAGGCUCCGAAGGCGGCAGCCCCAAGGGCGAGCACUGUCUAAGGCAGCCAGUGAAGUGUCUUUGUUCAUGUUUCACCCUGGGCAAAAAGGAUGUUCAGAUGAAAUAUUAGAUGAGGCAACAAGGCACCACCUGUUCACAGACACUUUCUGUAGGGUUUGCUGGGCGGUGCUGCCAUUUGAAUCCCAAAGGAUGUCACACUAUGAGAGCAGAAAGCAUGCUCAGAAUGUUUAUCUUUAUGUCCAAAGUCAUGGUAGGAAGGAUGAGAGAAUGAGGCAUGACAAAAAGAAAGAAAUAAUGGAUUGUACCAGUUUUCAGAUGGAUGGAACGAGAAUAGUAGAGAAUAAGUACUGUGGUAUCUGCAACAUAAUUUUAGUUUCCCCAGGUGUUGCAUUGUCUCACCUCCGGGGGAAGAUCCAUGCUAAAAAGCUGAGGCAGUUAGCAGAAAGGAGCGGCCUGAUGGAAGCACAGAGCAUGCAACCUGUUUCUGAAACUGAGAUGCCUUCAUCAUCUCCAAAAGCAAGCUUGGAUCUGAACUACUGCUGGCUCUGCUGUGUUCCUCUCAAUAGUCCAUUUUCAGCCCAGGAACAUUAUGUUGGUAAAAAACAUGGAAAAAAUGCAGCACGGAAGAAGAUAAUGGAGGAGCUGGGAAUCAAACCUGUCCCUAGAGAAUCCAGAACAGCUGGUAAGCAGAACGUGAAAAAGUGAGGGCAGUUUGAGUGUUCAAGGGGCAGCUCUGAUAUUUGCAAGGAAAUGUUAGCCUUCUCCUUUGCUACAGAACAAGUUCACUUCCUCCUUUCUGUUUAGUUUGCCAUCCUGAUAUUCUUUGUCUCUGGCAAUUUUAGAUGGGAAGAUAUUUCCUAUUGACUUUUGAGACACUAAUCCAGUUAUCUCUGGAGUCAAAUCAAAGAGAUUAUAAAAAAUAGCUCAGUUUCUUAACUCCAAGGCCAGGAUCAAAUCAAUCUUAAGACUUUCUGUGCUUAAAACUCCACAACAACCUCCACAGGAAACAUUUCCCAAGAAUUCUUGAGCUUUACCUUCUUAAUCUUAAAACCCUUUACUGACACUGAAAUCAACACCCUCUGACUGCAGUGUCUCUCUUCACUCUGUGCAGAACAAGAAGCAGACAUAAAAAUUGAAUAAUUUGUUUCCUUUUUGUUGCAUUCAUGCUUUCCCUUAAUCUUUUGU